GGAGCCAGUGGAUGACAGCAACUUUUACGUAAAUACAGAAACUUUUCCCGAACACCACAUUAUCGCCAGAGAGGAAAAGUUUUCUCUUCACGCCAAAGAAAAGAGUCAAGUGCGAAUGGUGUGAUUGGAAAAAGGUGCAGAAAAGUGAACUAGAGACCUCCAAAGUGGCCAAAAAUUGUCGCGAGACUCAGCACUUCCGCAUCUUGUGGCGCUGUGUCGGGUUUUUGAUGUGCUGAGGUGGGCAUUAUUUGGUGGAAUUUGCUCUGAUCUGAAUUAUGUGCGAUGCCCAAGUCACAUGAGUCUUCGUCCGAGUUUGAGUUCAGCAACGAGAACCAGCAGCCCAACACCACUCCUCACGGUCGACCGCUCGCUGUGAACAGCAAAAAGUUUCGCCAUCAGAAUUUCAGCAAGAACAUCUACAUUGGAACGAGAAAUGCAGAGCGCUGGGACACCUUUCGUACCACAUUGGCAUUCAAGAAUGAUGUGGAAUUCGUCACGUAUCUGCUCAAAUUAGCCGAGAAUGACCUGGCCAAUGGCAACGGACGCCACAACAGUAUCAAGAGUAGCUUCGCUGGUCUGCUGGACCAGAGCCAGACGUCCUCCAGUGACAAAGUGAAGGGCGUCAGCGAGAGCUCAGAGAGUCUCUACAGUGCUGCAGUCGCUGCCAUUCCGCAGAAGAAAGUGAAGAAGGUCCAGUUCCAGGACAAUCUCAAUGGUAUCAUCAGGAACUGCGAACCUCUGCCAGCCUUCAGUGGAAUUCACAGCAAGGAUCCGCUAUCGGACUUCCGGAACCCACUGGAAGAUAGCACUUCCGAGGUUUUGGAUUGUCGCAUAGCGGAGAAAAUCAAGACAGAGCUUUGCGAGAUGAAGACUAAGGAGAAGGAAAUGUCACUAGCCAAGUUGCCGUUUGUCACUGAUCCCGCUGACACGAAAGAUCAAGGAAGUGACUUCGAUGAUGAGGAGGAGGAAGAUGACGAUGACGAUCCUCCUCUGGAUUUGCCAGAAGAUCCCGGAGAGGCUCUCUGUCUGACUGCUAUAAAGCGCAGGGAUCUCGUGGACUCCACUUCCUCCACCUCACUUCCGCCAGUUUCCCUCAAGGUGUCUAAGAAGAAAUCCGUGAAAUUUCUCGAUAACAUGGAACUCAAGAAGCCACGCGGGCGUCCGAAAAUGCUGAAACAUGAUGUCCGCAAGGCACCUCUGGAUGGUAGACAUCUGCCUCUUCCUGGAGCUCUAGAUCUCAACAACGACGAGGAGAGUGGCGCUGAUCUGGAACCACAAUUCCCACAGAGUGAUGACGAGGAACCCGAACCAUAUGACGAGGUCGCGGCUCUCACACGGAGCUCCAUUUGCUGCCUGUGUGACACUGAGCACGGCCCCGAAGAUUGUCCCAUCAGGAAUGCCGAUCUGCGAAUCCCAGACUCCAUUGCCCGGACAGUGUGGCUGGAGCAGAACCAGGAAGUGGCCGAGGAGUACGCGAAGCAGCACGUGCUCGUGAUUAAGAUGGAAGAACGAGAGGAGAUAGUGGAAGAUGAGGAUGCUGGAGAAAGCAACUCGGGCAGUAGUCUUAUGGAUGACGUUCUUCCGCAAUCGCACAUCUCAGUCAUUCAGGAGAAUCUUCCGACCUUUGCUGAUGCAUCUCUUCCGCCGCAAUUUGAAUUUCGCACCGUCAACGACAUGCAGAGUGUUUUCACGAAGAAUUCCAUUCCCAGACACACGAAGUUCGGUCCUCUGGUGGGGAAGGUGAUCCCAGCAACGGACAUUAGUGACGACAACCAGAUGCAGUACAUAAUUGAGACGUUCGAGGACGGGAAAUCCGAGUUCAUCUCGCUGGAGAAUAAGAAUGACUCCAAUUGGAUGCGCUACAUAAGACCGGCCGCCACGCGAGAUGCUAGAAACCUGUCUCUGGUUUGUGUGGAGAAGACUGUCUUCUUCGUCACAUGCCUGGACAUUCCCGAAGGUUGUGAAUUGCUCUACUGGAGUGACAACAUCAACUCGGCGUGGGGGAGGAAGAAAAUUGAGAAAAUGAACUGUGGCGGAUGCAACUUGAAAUUCGAUCAUCCUCUCUACUACCGAACCCACUGUUCAGUGUUUCACGAUCCAUCCUUCAGCCUGACCAUCAGGAAGUAUCACUGCAAGGUGUGCAGUAUAGCAGUGCUGGGUAAGGAGAACAUCAUGAAGCACGCUGCCCAGAUGCACGAUGGCAAAGGCGCAUACCAGUGCCAGUUCUGCAAGAAGUUCUUCCUGCGACUGAACUACUUGGAAAUGCAUCGGACUUACGGAUGCAGUGCGAAUCCGCAAAGAGCUCGUCCUCUGUGCGAUUUCUGCGGUAGAAAAUUCUGCCAGCCUCAGAAAUUGAAAGUUCACAUUAAGAGGAUGCACAGCGACAUGGCAGACGUUCUGAGGGAUUUCCAAUGUAAGCUCUGCUCGAAGCUCCUGGGAUCAAGAGCAGCACUACAGAGACACUCCAAGGAGGUGCACAGUCGAAAUUCAGCAGUUGUGAGUUGCCCACGAUGCCAGAAACUCUUCCAGAAUAGAAGCAACUUAAAGAUUCACAUGUUGACACACUCUGGAGUUCGUCCAUUCAAGUGUUCUGAGAACGAAUGCAAUGCAGCAUUCACAACGAAACAAUGCCUUCAAUUUCACUACAAGAAAGUGCAUGGAUACUCACAGGAGCAGAUGCCGAAGAUCGAAAGGAGUAUCGCCUACACUUUUGAUGCUUAUUCCGGAGGAAUGAAAGUUGAUUUCAUGGAGCAAACGCCGAGAAGGCGAAGGAAAAGCCUGGAAGAUCAAGGAAAUUCACUGGGAGGCACCUUCUCAGAGAAAAGGAAGUACAAUCGUCGAGUUGUCGACGAUGAUCUCCUGAACUCCGGUGGAUCUACUCACAAGACUUCAAUCACUGAUCUAUGCAAGAACGAUACGAAUUUGUCUCUUUUGUCAUCGAAGAUAUCUUCCCUGCUAAAUCAUGAGCUUAAUCAGGUGAAAUUCAGACGACGCAACAGCAUUUCUACAGAUAAUUUCAAUCCUGAGGAUCUGCACAAGAGUGAUGAAGGCCACAUCGAUAGCAUCAGUGAUCUCAAAGCCAAAUUGGCGGAAGGAGACAACAAGUCCAGAGACUCCAUGGAUGAUUCUCAGGAUAACCAGCACAAUGCCCAGCUGAAUUUGGUUGAGUCCUUCCUCUCAAGCUCCGCUGGGGAGCAAUCCAAUCCACUACAAGCCAUGCAAUCGCAGCUCGAAGAGCAGCAACAGCAGCAAGAGGACGAAGACAGACAGAGCACUUUCAGUGCCCCGUCAAGACAUAAGGACUUUGCGACUCCGAUGAAUGCAAAUUUGAUCCCGAGCAAGGGCAGUAAGAAGUGGAUCAAUGAACAUCAGAAUCAGUCGAAUGACGGCACAUUGAUGUCCGUGAAUCGUGAUUUUAUCACGCGACUGAUGAUGAAUGGGACUAAUGUCAACAGCACAGCGACAGGAGAUGAUGAGGACAGUUCCACGAUUCUAGACGUUGUGGACAACCAUCCACAGAAUGCUUCUCAGUACGAUUUGCAGCAGAUGCACUUACCGAGUCUGCCAUUGACUCCGCAUAUUCAUCAUCAACCGUUUAUGAGUUCCUUCUACAACGGUGGUGGCCAGAGCAAUGCUGCUGCAACGGCAACUGGCCAAGGGAAUGCUGUAACUGUUGUGAGAUCAACAUCAACAACUGGCAACUCCACUUCUGCAAGCUUGCUAGUGGAGGCAGCUCUGAACUCUGUCAGCAACAUCAUAGAUUCUGGGGACCGGGAGAGCUGUGAGCUGGCCAAGAAUCCCAAUGCCGGCGGAAAUUCGCGGCUGGAGGAUGAUCACGAGCUGAACAGUCACAUGGAUGUGGAUAUUGAUUCCAUCCCCAAUGAGCAUCACUCCAUAGAUGGUGGGAAUGAGAGCGGAGGAGCCUUGGCUCUGGCGGACUCUGCCUACCACCAUCACAACAACAUGAGCCCUCUAGACAACGAAGUGAAGCUGAUGAAGAGCUUAAACAACUUCCAGAUGUCGAGCAUGCAGCAAUUCUCUGCCCCAUCGACAUCUGGAACGAAUCAGAUCAUUAUGGCAGGAUCGCCGAGCGUGGCCAACAGCGCAGCUGAUCUGAUGCACGACAACGAUAUUGAUGUGGACACAGCUUCCACACCGCGAACCAUGGAUAGGACGGAGUCUAAUGGCUUCCGGAACUAUCACCAGGCGUCAACACCUUCUCCGCGAGACAUAUCACCAGGGCAGGAUUAUCGGACAACUGCCGCAAUGUAUGCUGCCGCCAGCAACAACAACCAUGUGCCCUCACCUCAGGCGCUGUCCAGGAGGAAUUACCAAACCGAUCAGAACGCUAUGAUGUCUCCGACAGGUUCACCACCCAUUCCCAGAUAUGGUUUCACAGAGGACAUGUGCAGGAAGCGGGAACACGAUCCCUCUGCUAGCCUGAUUGAGAGCCAGAGCAUGGACAGGAGGGACAAUGCGCAUCUGGGGAGUGGAGGACAAUUGUCAAGUGACGAGGACAGCAUUGUCAUUGCGCAGAAUUUGAGUGUGAACAACAACAACAACGAGGAUCUUAAAAUGAAGAUGAAUCCCUCGAUGGAUCUGCUCUAUGCCAAGUAUGAACAGCAGGUGAAUGCUGGACAGGAUCUUACAGAUCUCCGUAUGAAGUACAAUACCAAUGAGUCGGCACUGGAUGUGUCUGACUUCCGUGGCGCAGGAGCAAACAGUGGCAGUGAGUCUAUGUCCGAGAUCCAGGGAUUGGACAUGUCCUCGAGGCCUGGAUUGUCUGGGUAUUCUCAUCACAACUUCCAGAUCUCAUCAGCCGGUGCUAAUCUCAGUCUCAACCGCUACCAUCAUCACAUCUACGACAUCCUGUCUGAGCGGGAGCAGCAACAGCAGUCAGAUCACCAUCAGUUGCAACUGCAGCAGCAAAUGAUGCUGCAGGAUCAGAUGGCAGGAGCCGAAGCCGAGUCGGACCAGACCACGUCUGUUGACUUGAGUCGCACAACUAGCUAUGUUGUCACGUCUCCGCCGGCGCUGCCCUACUCGCAUCCGCACUCGGACAUGCUGAGGAUGGUUUCGCUGGAGCUCAACUCUAACGGCUCGUCAGGCAUGAUUGUGGGCAAUAACGCCCAUCAUGGGCGCUCCUUCCUGCCAUCGCAGAUUCAGAACAGUCGCGAUAGUUUGUCGGCUGUUGAGCACCAUCGGCUGCUGUCCACGGCGGAGCAACAUCGACUCCUGGCGUCCAACACGGCCGCCGCGGCGGAACAGCUGUCGAAUCCCGCGAGCCUAGCGUCCAACCAUCGUCUCAUCGUCGAUCCGGCCACUCACUUGCUCAUGGAACCCAACAAUCGGCUCCUGUCGUCGGAGAACAAUCGCCUACUCGAUCAGACGUCCCGCAUCCUGGCGGACUCGUCCUCGGUGAAUCGCCACAUGGUGCCGUCGCGGGACUUUGGCGCAUAUCAAGUCACUUCCAACAACUACCAUCACCUCGUGCGGCAGAAUCUGGCUGGAACAUCGCCCAACCAGCCGCCCUCCAACUACCAUCCCUUCCCGGCUUACUACUAAGCAGCACGUCCGGUUGCACCCGGAAGUAAUCUCUCUCCCCUGAACAUGAUCAAUGUUGAUUGGCCGUUGUUUCUGUUAAGCUAGGAGUAAUAUUUAAAAGACAUUCCUUUAUAUCGUCUCCGUGAAUUUGCAUAUAUUUCAUAAUUUCCGUAAAUUCAAUUCUAGUCCCUUUAAUCUCUUAUCAAGGAAUGGUAUUAAAAAAUUGUAGGUUUUUCGAUGGAUUUAAUAAAUAUAAAAGGAAUAAAAAUUUCUUAAUAAAUUUAACAGUGAAAACAAAAAUCUUGGUGGGAAAUAUUCAAAAUGUAAAUACUUCAUGUUCAUUAAUUAAUUUUAUAAUCAUUAUAAACAACAAAAAAAUUAACGAUAUAUUUACACACAUAACUGAAUAGUGUUUAUUGGAAAAUUUUUGUAUUGUAUGUGCCAAAAUUUACAGACAUGAUAAAAAAAUGAGUAUAUGGAAUGAUAAAUGACCAAAAGAAUCCUCCAUAAAAUCCUAUUCCUUUACCAUAGCCGAUAGACGUCCCCUCAUGAGUCCUUCCCGUGAGCAAAUAGGCAGAGAACAGUGUUUUGUCUUUUUAGUUAGUACAAAGAAUGUCUUAUCACACAAUUCCGUAAAGAGGCACAAGUCUUACUUUCCAUUCUAUUCAACGUGAAUGAGAAACAUUAUUAGCAAAUAAAGGUGUAAAAUUGACAAGAACAUUCCGUACAUUUGAGAAACGUAACAAUUUUUCUGACCGUGACCAAAGAAGUAAAAAAAAAUUAUAAAAAUCUCUUAUUUUAAUGUGAAAUAAAUAUAAAUUAAAACA